GGUGAACUGCUACCAUCAGCCUCUUGAAAAAAAGUUCAUUACUUUUCACACCACAACUUUACUGUAGUCUACUCUCCGAACCUGAUAUGGCUGCAAUGAAUAGCUGGUUGAUUUCAUGCAUUGUUUUAGUUCAUUUCGCUUAUUUGGGAUCUUGUGAUUCGGGCUCUGAAAUAGAUGGAGCCCAGCCCGAGCUCUUCAUUUUCCACGAGUUGUGUGCCCUAAAGAAGGAUGAAGGGCCCUGCAAGGUGUUAAAGGAGCGCUUCUAUUUCGAAAUUGACACAGGCCACUGCGAGUCCUUUGAGUUCGGUGGCUGCAGAGGCAACGCCAACAAUUUUGAGACCUUGGAAGCUUGUGAGGGAAUGUGCCUGGUGUCUGCUGACAAGAGUCCCUGUCACCUGGAUGAGGCUCCGGGGCCAUGCAGAGGUCUGGUGACGCGCUACUUCUUUGACAGCCAGAGCCAGGAGUGCAAGCACUUCUACUACGGAGGCUGCUUCGGCAACGCCAAUAACUUCAAGAGUAUGAAAGAGUGCCGGGCCAGGUGCCAGAACCCAGAUGAGUUUGCUUUAAGCACCUCCAACAUGCAGCAGAAUCUUCAACACCAGGCCACAGACUUCAGUCCUCCAGAGUUCUGUCUCAGUACCAAUGACAAGGGCACGAUGUGUGACAGAGAGGAGAGGAGAACAGGAAGGAGAUAUGCAUACAACCCCAAGACAAAGAGAUGUCAUUGGUUGCGUAACAGGGGCUGUGGGGGCAACAAUAACAACUUUGUCCUCAAGAGACACUGCAUGAAGAUGUGUAUGAAGCCGAGUAAGAUUCAAGUUAGCGUUUUCUCCAACACCGCUCCUAUAGAGCUACUGGGUGUGCAGGCUUUUGUUCCCACCCAGCAUUAGCACACCUGAUUCAAAUGAUCAACAUCCAGACUGAAGACCAAGAUUAAUUGAUUAUUUGAAACAGGUGUGUUAGUGCCACACUAGUUUCACUCUUUGACCUUUCGUUUAAAAAUGAGGUGUGUUUUUGCUAAAUAGCAUUUACCUUAAGAAUGCAAUGUUUCUUUCUUGACUUGUGCCAUAGAGAAGUGUUUGAAAAGAUUGCAACUUGUCAUUUGUGUUGUGCCAUUUCCAGAUCCCAGUCACAAAAGGAAGACCAUCAGGAUAAAGUAGAACACCAACAUCUUAUUUCAUACUGUCUAAAUCAAGGCCUUGUAUUAAAUCAUUCUUACACUACUUUUUAAUUACACUUUAUUUUUGAAUUCUUAUUUGACUGUGGUAUUAUGUGGUCGUCUUACAGCAAUUGUAUAAAAGGCUUGUUUUGGCCUAUUAUGUAAUUUUGUUAUUUUAACCUUUUAGCUCUUUGUAUGAGGAGUGGUUUUGUAAUAUCAAAAUUGUAGAAUUUCUUUCCCUUGUCACAUCCUAAAAAACGGUAUAUCAUUGUAAUUUUUUUCCUGAGGACACCAGACAAGUUUGUUUUUAUUGACAAAUGAUUAACAUUAAGGAACCCAAUAGCACUGCACUGCUCAUGAAAUAUAAAGCGUGAUCAUUUACAUUAUCAGUGUAAGUAUUUAAGAUCCUUCCUUCAUGUGAGUAAACGCACAUUACAUUUUUUUAACAUAUUUGGAAAGAACAUAUAUAAUCAACCAAUUGGAGCCUAAAUAAAAUGUUGCAUAGUCA